UAUAUAAAGUAUGCCAAUAAACGGAAAUUCCAAUUAGCAAAACGCUUCAUGUAUAUGUUUAAAUCAAAGCUUCAAUUUUCCCAAUUGCAAUGAGUUGAUAUUCUUAUCAAUGAAUUUGAUUAAAAGUAAAGCGCGAAGAACAAAAAUACGCGAAUCGUAUAAAAGACUGCCUUAAGAUGAUCUUGAGCAUAGUCAACAUUCGACAAUUACCAAGAUGAAGAUUACACUUAUAUUCGCUAUUGCCUUUUUGGCUAUUGCUACUGCCAGUACAGUAAAAUCACCUAAAAACAUAAAGACUGAGGAUUUCUUAGGAAUGCAAAGGAGAACAAACACUAAACCCAGGCGGUUUCGAGGACGAUAUGUUUAUCCAGGGGCAUAUUCUGACGAUAAUGAGACAGCAGACUCAAAUAAUAAUGAUGCCUCUUCUGAUAAUUUACCUACAUUUGGUGGAAAUCCUUCAACUAAUCAAGAAUCUUCAGUUGAUGAAAAUCCUUCGGCUGCUCCUGCACCUCCAUUAGAUGAUAAUUCUAACCGAGGGCCAUUUAAUCCUAAAAAUAUUAAACAUAAAUAUAAAAAAGUAAACAUUAAUAACAUUAAAAUUUCCAAUUAAAAUGAUUAAGUAUAAUACAAAUUGUAAUUGUAAUUUAGAAAAAUAUCUUCAUAUAUAAUAUGUAUAUUUAUGAAUUAAAUGUAAAAUUUCAAAUACAUAUUCUAUUUUUAAUUAAACUAUCACAAAUAUUGUGUAUACUUGAGAGAUAAAAUUAAUAAACUCAUACCUAAACUACCCCAAUAUGGGGUAGUAAGGAAA